GGCUUGAAGAGCAAAGUGCGCUACAGCAGCAGCAGCAGCAGCAGCAGCAACAGCGGCGGCACUAUGCAGCGGAAGUCGUAACCCGGAAGGUUCAGAGGAAGAGUGAGGGAGUGAGGGAGGGAGUGAGGGAGAGUGAGUGUGGGGGCAUCCCAGCCCAGCUCGAGCUUUGGACUCGCCGUCGUCGGCCUCUGUAGCGAGCAGCAGCAGCAGCAGCUAGUUAGCACGAAUGCCGGAUGCUGCAGAACCCGAUUAUUCUCCUUUUUGUCGGGUGCCUGCGACGACAUCUGACCUCGACAAGAAAGCCGGGCAGUGGGAUUAGUCAGAGGAGGUGCGCUCCAUAGCACGCGUACUUAAGCCUCGUUUGUCUUGUGCAUUCUUUGGCCAAGGCUGGUGGCCGAAUGGGGGAGUCGCAUUGCCGCGGGCGGGAUCGCUAGCGUGAGCUCGGGGAGGGAAGGAGGGAGAGAGAGAGAGAGAGUUUACUUGAUCGAUAAGAAUGAUUCAGAUAUUCGAAACAGUGUAGAAAAUCAGAAGAUUCGGAUAUUGCUCGCGAUUUUCGACCGCCGCGUCCUGCGAGGUCGAAUUCCCACCAUCUGCGCCUCGCUGCUGCUGCUGCUGCUGCUGCUGCUACACUACUUACUCGGUCUCAUUCGUUCGCUGCACUCUCGGAGCGUCGAUGGAGAGGCUGGUCCGAUGAGAGGAGCGGCGGUAGCAUGAGCACGAGUGCCCUCGGGCGCUAGCUAGUAGUAGUAGCUCGGGGUUCGGUGGUGUCCUCGAGGGAUUGAGAAGCCGAGCUGCGAAUUGCAUUCUGGCCGGGCGUAUGACGAGGACGAUGGUCGACGUCGACGCCGCAGAUGGCAGGAACCAAGCGGUUUCUCAAGUGCAGGGGACUCGUGGGGCCUGAGGAUUUCCGAGGACUGAGUACGAGUAGGAGUGCCGCAGACAUUUCUCCAGUAGGUGAAGAGGAGUCGCGAUCAUGGAUUCGGAGGCGUCGAAACGAUCGGGGACUGACUCAGUCCCCGACCUGGAGGCAGGACUCGCUGCUCCACUUCUGCCUGCAGGACCUGCUGCUGAUCCGGAGCCCCUCUCGAGCGGAGCGCGAGAGCGCGAGCACUGGCAGGGGCAGGCGCAGGAGCAAGGCCGCUACAUUUACGAGGACGAUAGCCCGCCGGAGCUCGAACCAGAGGUCGGUGCUGACUUCGUGUCCAGGAUGCGGAAAAUGGUACACUUUUGGUGGAGCUCUCGCGAGCUGACUCCGUGCAGGCCGAAGCUGUACAUGGAUCGCCUGGUGUUCCUGGUGGUGGCCACGGCGCUGGCCGUGCUAGCCGCGUGCAGCGCGGUGAUUCUCACGUACAUAGUGGUGAUGAUGGUGCUGGUUCCUCGCGUGGUGGUGGUGAACUGCCUGGUGGAUCCGUUCAUGGCAGAAUCGCCCGACUGGGGGCCAUCGCUGAUCGCUUGUGGCAGCGCUCUGAUUCUGGGCGUGCUGUUCAUACUCGACGGCUGGGCCGAGAGGACAUAUCGCAAGGAAUGGUUCGGGCUGUGCGACUGGAGCGACUCGUGGAUUUGCCUCGGGGCGCAGCUCGUGCUGCUGUACCUCUUCUUCGAGACCGUGUACAUUGCGCUGAGCACCUUCAUCCUCUCGUUCCUCACAGUGUCGCCCAAGGUGGCGUCGCUGGGCGUGAAGCUGGUGGCGGCGGCCGGGCCUGUCAAUGUGCUGGCGCUGCUGCUGGCCAGCGCCACCGUCUGCGUGCUGCUCGCCGUGUUCGUCUUCUACACGGAGCGCAGAAUCGAUGCGGCCGUGGCUCGCAGCACCGAUGAGCAUUCUUCGUCGAUGAAAUCCCUGGCCUGGAACACUCUAGUCUUUGUCGACACCGUGUUUCGCGUUAUCCACUACUUGUUUUUAGGCGUCACGCUCUUGUGUUGCAUCUACUUCAUUGUGUACGGAGCUUUUCACUUUUGUUCAUUCGUCAUCCACCACAUCAUCAACGCCUUCUUUGUACACGAUCUCCCCGCCGUCAUCCCUUUCCCUUCUCUCGAUUGAUCAAUCAGAACAAAAUUCAAUAAAAAGAAUUGGUGAGCAUGAGCACAUUCGUCCUCGUCUUCGUCUUCGUCUCGUCUUCGAAUUCGAACGCAUUCUUCGCCUCCUCAUCAUCAUCCUCUUCCUCCUCCUCCUCCUUCAGCUUCAGCUGCAGCUCCAGCUCGUCCUUCAUCUUCUUCACUCAGAUCAGAUCCCUCAGUACUUCGACCUCGAAAGCGUGCUUGCAACGAGACGAUGUCGAGAACUUGCAGUGAGCAUCAAGCUCCCACCGAGCGAACUGCGUAUCCAAGAGUUUCUUCCAGGACGGACCACGUGGAUAGACGGAGAAAUCCUCUACCGAUGCUCUCGAAGGCCCCUGAUGAAAAGAACUCGAGCUCCUGGUGUCGUCCUCUGUUCUCGAAAGACAUCCGUCACAUCUGUACGUGUACUGAUUCCAAGAAGUUACAGCGAUUCAAAUCCAUGAUCAAAGUAAGAAGAAGCAGCAGGCAGGCAAGGCAAGGCAAGGCAAGGCAAGGCAGGCCGGCGUGCCCACCAGUUUCAUUGCGACUUGUGCACCACCCUGGGUUCAAACAUCGUACGUGAAAUUACCAGCUCCAUAUUUGCUCUGCUAGUGCAUUCUUUCGAGUGAAAUUUGCAAUUCGGGCAGAAUCUUCAGUUAGCGUUCCCUCAUCUGGUAAUUCUGAGCACUCUGUACUUACUUGUACGGAGACUGAAGAUUGUUACUCUCGAUCAAUAUACUUCACAUGCUCGAAAUUUGGAGAGUGGGAGCUCCCAGUC